AUGAGCUCGAAAGUAUUCCUUUGCCAACAUCAGGUGGCACUGGGACUGCACCACCAGCUGUUUGUGCGAGACAACUCCACAAGGUUAAACGGAGUCAAAGGAGCCUUUGCAAACGUCCUCUUCGGGCUGAAGGAAGUCAUGAAGCGACGGCCGGACCUGAAGCUGGUGGUGAUGUCCGCCACGAUGGAGGCGCAGAAGAUGCAGGGCUACUUCGACAUCGUUCAUGCCUCCGUGGGACCUCCUGGUGGUGGCCGCAAGGAGAUCUCGGCGCUUGAAGAGGACUUCGUCACUGUGCAGUUUGGCGAUGAGAAUGCUGCAUCAACCCUGAGACGACGGGGGCCUUUUUGGCCAGCUGUUCGGCGAAAUCGCUCACAGUGCCUCUUGGGCCACAGCGUGGCCAUCAAGGCGGCAGCGGUGCUUCAGGGCUAA